UUCCAAUUGUGAAUAAUUCAAAUAGUGCAAAAAUAUAAUUAUUAUAAUCAAAAAGGAGGAAUCAAAAAAAUCACAUAUAAACCGCAACUAUUUUUGUGAAUUUUGUUUUGCUCUCAGCAUCCAUCGAAAGUUUUUGUGUUUGCCGAACGAGUGAAUAAGAGAAAAAAAACGCGCAAUAAAUCACAGAAAAUCUGUACGUGUGUUAUACACACCUAAGUGUCCUGCAGGAAGGACCUCGGAGUUUCGACCCGCUGGGAUUUACAAAUUCAAGGAUUAUUCAUUUCCAAUUGUCAACGAGAAUCACUGAAAAACACAGUGUUCACGAAUUAAAAAAUCAAAAUUCUCGCAGAAUUCUCUAAACGAUCUUAAAUCAACCACAACAACAUGGGCGAACUCGAAGAGAAGGAAACCCCACCAACUGAGACCACAACAGCAGGCCAGCAGGAUACGCUGGAGGAGCCCAAGGAAACCGAUAAAAUGCUGGACAAAAAAGAGGAGGACGCCAAGGAGAAGACACCGAGUCCACAGACCUCAAAGCCUGCAUCUCCCAAUGCCGGCAAGAAGUCAUCGCCCGUUUCAGAUAAGAAAACCGGAGCAGAUUCGACUGAAUCCGACAAAGCAAAGCCUGGUAACGGCGAGGAGAUAAUCGAUAUACCCGCCGAAAACGGCACCAAGCCCGAGGGAGGAGAUGACAAGAAGAUCAGCAAGGAGGAGCGUGAGGUGAAGCCUAAAAAGAUCCCAAUCGGUGGCCUCAAGCUGCCCGGUUUCUUCAUGAAGAAUAAACCCAAGGCCGAGGGUGAUGGAGCCGAAGGUGAGCUGCUCGAAAAAGAGAAGGAGGAAGAAAAGGAUAAGGAGGCCAAUGGUGAGGCCGCCGCUGCCUCCGGCAAAGAUGAGCAGAAAGCACGUCCAGGACUUGGUGAGCGCCUGCGUAGCUUCUUUGCCCGCAAACCAUCUGCCGAAAAGGAGAAGAAACAGCUGGUCAAUGGAGAUGCCGAUGCCAAGUCGGAAGCCACUGCUGAAGCAGCACCGGCUGAGGAUGCCUCGGAGGCACCGCCCCAGAAGCGAGGUCUGCUGAAUGCCAUCAAGCUGCCCAUUGCCAAUAUGAUACCCAAGAAGAAGAGCAACGACGAUGUGGAACUGGGUUUGGGCAAAGCCGGCCUGGCCUCAAUGGAGACUCUUGAUGAUUCGCUAAAGGAUCAAGACACCGUUGACAGGGCUCCGGCCAAAACCAAUGGCACCGAUGAUCUGAAGAGUGAUCUUAAGGAUGAGAAGCUGGCAGCAGAACAGAAACUGGCCGCCGAGGAGGAGGAACGUGAGCGACCCGUCUCCUUGCUGAGCCGCCUGCGCGGCUACAAGUGCAGUGUGGACGAUGCGCUGAUUGUGUUUGGCAUUCUGCUGUUUGUGCUGCUUCUGGCCGUGAUCGGUUAUGUGCUGACGCAUGAGACUCUGACAUCGCCGCCGCUUCGCGAAGGACGCUUCAUCCUGGCGGUGACAAGCUGCGGCCCCGUGGAGGGUGUCAAGGAGGAUGGAGCCUUUGCCUUCCGUGGCAUUCCGUAUGCCAAGCCACCGGUGGACAAGCUGCGUUGGAAGCCGGCCGAGCUGAUAGAUGACAUCAAUUUGUGCUGGAAUGAUACAUUGCCGACGCACAACAGCAGCGUUGUGUGCACGCAGAGACUGGGUAAUGGCACCACCGUGGGCGACGAGGACUGUCUGUAUCUGGAUGUGGUCACUCCACAUGUGCGUUACAACAAUCCCCUGCCAGUAGUUGUGUUGAUUGGCGCUGAAUCUUUGGCUGGGCCAUCGCCGGGAAUACUUCGUCCAUCGGCCCGUUACUCUCGCUCCCACGAUGUGAUCUUUGUGCGUCCCAACUUCCGCCUGGGCGUGUUCGGUUUCCUCGCUCUUGAUGCUCUAUCCAAGGAGUCACAUCCACCGACAUCGGGCAACUAUGCGCUCACCGAUAUCAUUGCCGUGCUCAAGUGGAUUAAGCUGAAUAUUGUGCACUUUGGUGGUGACCCCAAGUCGGUGACAUUGCUGGGACAUCGGGCCGGAGCCACACUGGUAACCGUCUUGGCCAGCUCGCCCAAGCUUCAGAACCUGUACACCAGGGCGUGGGCCUCAUCCGGUUCGGCUAUUCUUCCCGGAAAACCACUGACGGAGUACGAGAAGGUCAACCAACAGCUAAUGGGCACCCUGGAGUGCUCAGAUGUGGAAUGUUUGCGCGAGGCAUCCAGCGAACGCUUGUGGGCCGCUACUCCCGACACCUGGCUGCACUUCCCCGUGGAUCUGCCACAGCAGCAAGAGGUCAAUUCCAGCGGCAGUCGUCACGAGUGGCUCGUUCUUGACGGAGAUGUGCUCUUUGAACAUCCAUCGGAGUCGUGGAAACGCGAACAGUUCACGGACAAGCCGCUGCUGGUGCUGGGAGCCACGGCUCAUGAGGCGCACACCGAGAAACUACGCGAGCUGCAUGCCAACUGGACGCGCGAGGAGGUUCGCGAGUAUCUGAGCAACUCACAAAUCGGAGCCAUGGGUCUCACCGAUGAGGUCAUCGAUAUGUACAAUGCCAGCAGCUAUGCGUCGCUAGUUUCCAUCAUCUCGGACAUACGGAGCGUGUGCCCGCUGCUGACGAAUGCCCGGCUGCAGCAGAGCGUUCCCUUCUAUGUGGUCACCCAGGGCGAGGGCGUCGAUCAGCUGGCCACCGUGGAUGCCGAUGUGCAGGCCAUCCUGGGACGCUACGAGCCCCAUACCGUGGAGCAGCGACGCUUCGUGUCGGCCAUGCAGCAGCUCUUCUACUACUAUGUGUCCCAUGGCACGGUGCAGUCGUUCGAUCGCAACCGCAGAGUCAUCAAUGUGGGCCAGGAUGCGCAGCCGCAGGAGGACUACCCGACGUGCAACUACUGGAUCCAAAAGGAUAUAGUGCCGCGAUAUGCGCGCGUCGAUUAAGCGAACUAAAAAUCUCUAAGACCCCCGCUGCUUUUCCUUCUUUCUCACCUUUCUUUAUCCGGCUGAAGAUCGAUUAAUCGCCUGACAAUUCCAAAUUUUAUACUGUAUUAUAGAUUUAUAAUUUAUAAUUAUUAUAACAUUUGGUUAGAAGUGCGUGUUAAUCGAUCUCCAGUUGGCUUGUAGCUGUAGCUUCGUUUAUCCCUUCGACUUCGUUUCGAGUUUAGUUUAGCCUAAGUGAAUCUAGUGUUUAUAUAUAUAUAUAUAAAGAUAUGUCUUAGUUCUCGUACAGUUUAAGUUGUAAGCUCUUUAAGGAACACUACUUACACCAUCAUGCGUCGUCUCUCUAAUCUUAAUCAUUGAUAGAACACACAACCCAAACACACUGACACAAACAAACAGCAAGAAAAGAACACAAAUAAAACAUCACAAAAAAUAUAUAUAGAAAAUUAUACUUGAAAAGUAUAGAUCUGCGUCUUUCAACUAUCCAACAAAAAAACACAAAGCACACACUUAUCUAUAUGCUAUUUACUAUAAAACCAUAUAUACAACUAAGAAGGAGUACAUUUUGCCACAUAGGUUUUUGAUUUCUGCCAAAAACUGAUCACCGAACGACCAACGAUGACGACGAAACCGUUUUUGAUACUACUUUUACACCGAACUCAAGACUCAAGAGCAUGAAGCAAACCGAAUUCAUUUAGAUUUAGAUCGCUGAAGAUCGAGGAACUGUUCCCAAAACCUUUGAAAGUGUUGCAAACAUUUCGAGAGACUGUCAGAGGAAUGAAUUUAAGAACAAAUAUAUAUAUUUAAUUCCUUCCUUUAAUUCACUUGGGAGUAUCUAUAAAUACGCCCAUAAUAUAUAUAUAUAAAUCAGAUAUUUGUAUGGAUAACAAAACACACAUUUUUGUAUAGCUUUAUAUGUAUGUAUAUUAUUAAUAAUCGAACCAACAUUCUCCAUUGUUUUAU